CACCAGUUGGUCAACUAAGGUUUAAAAAACCUGAACCUAAACUUCCUUGGAAAGGUAAUGUUUCGAUUUUUUUCAUUGCCUUCAUUAUCUAUUUAAGGUGACCCCCGACAGUUAUAGCACAGUUUUAAACAUAUUUAUGUAGAUCAGACGUCAUCCUCGCGACUAGCGUGUGGAAUUUUUGUGGCCCGGUAAAAAAUUUGAAAUGGAAAGUUGUUUUUGUGUUUUAUCUGGAAAGAAAAUGCCAGUUUUUUAUUGUAAUCCUAAAAUUUUCAGAAUUCAAACAGUACGUAUGUUUUUAACUCGUUAUUAGCCUUAUUAGCUUUAUCUUUCAGUAUGUUUUAACGCAUUUAAUACGUUCAGUAUUGUAUCUAUAAUUCUGAUACGAAAUGUCAAACUCUAGUAACUAGUUGAAUGUUUUGAAAAUUUUUCGCACCAAAGCGUUGGAUUAAUCAAUGAUUUAUUGUGUUCUCAUCUGAGAUAAGCAAAAAAUUUCUAAUCUCUGUUUAUAUUUGUAAGUCAAAAACUCACUUCAUUAUAAAUUUGGUUAAAAAUGAGAUUUACCUAAAUUUUUUAAAAUUUUAGAAAAUUAUAGGGAGCUACCUUAUUAUAAUAAUUCAUGGUUUUUGAUUGACUAACAGCCAACUGUGAAAUCGGUCAUAUUGACUUAUUAAUUAUCCGCGGCCGUUGACGCAGUUAGAUUAAGAAAUUUUAAGGGCCAUUGUCGCUUUGAGGGGACCUCUUCGACUGGGGCCCGAGCAAAUUGGCUUCCCCCCUUUCGGCGGCCAUGGUUUCAUCCCUCUUGCUCUCGUUUGACUAAAGCAACAUUUACUCACAUGCAAAAUCCUGUGCGCCAACCCACAUCAAUUUUCAGCCGAGUUUGAUGGCUAUCAGCUCCAGGGUUUAUUUUAAGAAAAAUUUAGAACUGCACACAUAGGGAUGUUACAAAGGCAACGGUUGUUUGACUGGGGGGGCAAAGGAUUUUUUACCUGCAUAUAGGUGACAGGAUAAUGGUGUGGUUGGGUGGGAGAAUUGGAGAAAGGCCAGACAAACUCGAUUUUGGGUGCAGGAGCUAAGGGUGUUCCCCAAAACAAUUUGAAUCUAGAGGCUGUUAAGUUCUGGCAAAUAUUUAUUUUACCCAACCACUCAAAAAACUGAUUCAAAACAUGUAACUGGGAAUUAUGGAUAUUCAAUAUAUAACAACCUUAAAUUUACAUUUGAGACAGCAAAAAAUAUUAGGUUCUCCCACUCUAAUCUCUUUUGGGAAGCUUCGCUCGCCCCAAUUUUACCUUCUUUUCCAUUACUCCAGCGCGUAAGUGUUUUAUGAGGAAAAUAGGAGGGUCUGGAGUCCUCCCCCAGAAAUCGUUUAUAUUUUUGAUGCUCAAUUAAUGACAGCAUUUCGGGAAUUUCCUGGAGCAUCCACAAGGCCGAGUAACGAGUAAAUGAGAAGACUGUUUUAAUUAAGGCUAUUUUUGUUAGUUUGGUGACAGCACAUUUGUGUUUUAAGAACUGCACAAAUGGGUUUAGAACUGCACAUUUUGUGUAGAACUGCACGUUAAAAUAAACCUAAUCAGCUCACUUACAACCAGUGUCGGCCAAACAGCGGCUUUUCCGUAGUUUUCACCUAAAUGCCAGCAUGACAAGCAAAACAUGAUACAGCUGUCACAGCUGUAUAAUGCUAUUCCCUCAUGCUCUUUCUGGUACCAAUGUGAAGAAUUUAUGCGACAGAUAUGAUGCAAAAAUUGCUUCUAGCAGCAAUUCGUAUUGGUAAGUUUGGAUGAAUGACCAGCAAAUUAGCAUAGUUGAACUACUUGGCGGUGUAUAAACCUCACGCUGUUAAUUAACAAUUAAGACAUAAUACAGUACGACUUAAUGUAUUUUAGAGCUGUGAAAAUGAUUAAUUUAAGUGUGCUGAAGCCCACCAACUUCAUCAACCACAAUGUUGGUAAAUUACUUCACUUUGCCUUCUAGUCGACAGCGAUCAAGAAUUAAAAAUCUUCAUUUUACUAUUAUACUUUGAUAUUUUGGGGGGGGGGGGGAGGGGCUUAGGCCUCCCACAUUUACUUCUGGAGCUAUGGCCCCGCUAGCCUCCCUGUCCUGCCGGCGCUGCUCACAACUGGCCUUAUUACUUUCAAUUAGUUCCUACUAGGAAGACAAUAAUACUUUCAACAGGAAACGUGUUUAAUUUUUUGUUUAGGUGUAUUAAAUCGUACCGAAGAUAUAAUUGCAUGUAUUCAACCAUGGAAACCUAAAGUGACAAUGACUGAAGACUGUUUAAUACUCAAUGUGUGGACACCAUUUCCACGUCCUCAGAAUGCGAGUGUUAUGGUAAGAUAUCUGUUUGUUUAAAGUGCUUAUGACUGUGUGGUGGCUUUUUAUCGAUCUCCAACUUCAUAUUACGUGUAUGAGAUUUAUGUUUUCUUUAGCGAACUUUUAGGGAACGCUUUCAUUUUACCCCUUUUAAUAAAACGACAAACCUGUGAACUACCGUGUUGUUGGAGACUUAAAAAUGACAUUCAUGAUACGGAAAGGGAAAAGAUCCCACGGAAAUUUUAUACUCAUUAUCCUCGCUCUUUUUCGGACGGCAAAGCGCAUAUUAUCACAUCUUGUGUACAGCGGAUACAUUUCAAAAUGCGUCAACGUCUACUUCAGAUUGGUUGUAGAUCUCUUCUUAACCCUAAAACCACGAUUUGUAAAUUGACUAUUCAUUUCAUCCUAGUACCCAGAAUUAAUAAAUAUUCAUGCCUUGGCGUGACUAUGGACGAAAGGUUGUUUUGGGAUAAACAUAUUGAUUCUACUGCCUGCCUCAUACCCAGGCGUCUCUUUGUAAAAAAACAGUGAUGCGCAUAUGACGAGUUUACAUGAAGUAUUGUAGUGGGGAGAGAUGGCGAAGGGGCUGAUGGGAAGAGUACAGCCCCUUCGCGCGUCGGCUGCUUACCCGAAUACUUCAUGUAAGCGCCUGGGUACGAGGCAGUUGAUUCUAUCUGUUCUAAUGUUGGUGCCGGUAUUGGUGCAAUGAGACGCGUUAAACCUUUUGUGCCACUGUCGACAACCAAAAUGCUAUAUAAUGCUAUUAUACAGCCUUAUUUCGAUUAUUGCAGCCCGUUGUGGGAUAAUUGCGGAAUUGGGCUCAAAUAUAGGUUGCAAAAAUACCAAAAUCGUGCUGCAAGAGUAAUUACUGGGGCAACUUACGAUAUCCGGUCAUCUGAGUUACUUGAUAAUCUAAAUUGGAAACCUCUCGAAGAAAGACGAAAUUAUAUUAAAUGUAUUUUAAUUUCAUCUCAAUAAAAUUCUGAAUGGCCACACCGCACCCAGUCUUAAAGAAGCAUUUCAAUUUAAUAAUGAAAGACAUAAUACUUACAAUCUUAGAAAUAGGGAUACUGAUUUAGCACCACCUAUGCCGAAAAAAGAAUUCGGCAAGAGGUGCUUCAUUUAUAAUGGUGCCUUGCAUUGGAAUAAUCUUCCCCAUGAGGAAAAAAUUGCUGAAUCCUUAAGCUCUUUCAAAUCGAUAUUGAAACAAAGAAUGAAUUGAAAUUUGUUUCUGUGUAAUUGUGCAGCUAAAAUCACUUGUAUUUUUUUUGUUAUAUUUUGUAUUUCUUGUAAAUAGUUAAUUUCUUGUAAAUAGGUAAUUUCACGCCUCUCAUGGAAACCAGCCUUCCAACGGCUGUUGAGGCUAGCGUGGUCUAAAUAAAGUUUUGUACAUGUAUAUAUGUAUAUCUAUGUUUUAGUUAGCCGCUUCUUAUCGCUGGCUCAAUGCGCACGUUCGCGUGAGGAUACUCAUUUUUUGUUGUUGAUAUUGUUGUUGUAAAGCAAUAUAUUUCGCAUCUCGAAUUUUUUCAUGCUUAAUUUAAAAUAUAAAAUAAAUAUAACAACUCGUAUACAAAUUAAACCAAAUCUUCAAUAUCCUAGAAAUUAAGAAAUACAUGCAUGUAGCAACUCCUUGGGCCUUGGCUACAUUUUCCAAACAUUGAUUUAACAUGUAUUAGCAUACAUAACAUUAUUAGCAAUAAUGUGUUGCCAUAGCUGCACGUUGUUAUUGAUGUUUUAAAAAUAUUUCAUAUUCUUUGCAAAAAAUUGCAAAUUUUUUGAGAUUGUUAGUUCCACAAUGGAAAACAAUUCGAUUAGGCGAUCGGUCCAUCGUUUGGAGAUCAGUGACCACUUUAGACUUUGCUAAUGCUUUACUUUCUCCGGGAAUAAAUAGGCGAGCGGAACAAUUAUACUGAUAGGUCAAGUGAAAUGCUUUCAACGGCGUACUCUUUGUUCCCGCUAGGUUUGGAUACAUGGUGGAUCGUUUGUUGCGGGACACUCCGGCAUGUAUGAAGGUUCAAAUAUCGUAGCAGUCGGUGGGGUAAUAGUGGUGACGAUCAAUUACAGAUUAUCAGCUCUUGGAUUUCUCACGACUGGAGAUAACAGGAUUAAAAGUACCACAUUAGUUCCAUUAAUUGUAAUAGCAUUGAAGAACUGACUGUUCUCCUUCGAUAAAUAAAGAUUAAUAAAUUGUUUGGAAGCAAAAGAUCUACAGGGAGGAAGGAAUUCACUCGUCAAAAAUAGGUGGGAAUUUAUCUGCGCUUGUCAAUAAACUGCGGGCGCUUAGCAAAAACAAGUUUUGGGACUUUUUUGGGGAAGAAAGCCGUAGAUUUGCAACAAUAGUGUUAAUUGGUUUAUUCGGUUAUGGAAAAUUGCCCUGAAUAAAGCACCUUAAACUGAAAUCGAGCAAUUGUAAAGUAUUUUAUUAUACGACGAAAUGUUGACGAACAACUUGCAUCUUGCAAGCGUUUUUGACUUCCAGUAAUUUAAAAAAGGCUUUUGAUACCAUUGAUCAUAACAUUUUACUACAGAAGUUAACUUGUUACGGUUUCAACAAAGAAACGAUUGAUCUUUUUAGAAACUAUCUUUCUGAUCGUACUCAAAUAACAGUUAUUAACAACAUACGAUCUGAUACUCGUAAAGUAACAUGUGGAGUUCCUCAGGGGUCUAUCUUAGGUCCACUACUGUUUUUAAUAUAUAUAAACGACCUACCUAAUAAUGAAUUGGUAUCAGAUGGGAGUUUAUUCGCUGAUGAUACCAACUUGACUUUUGCGGACAGCAACCCUGACAAGUUGAUUUCUGUUCUAAAUGACGACCUUAAAACUCUCCAAAACUGGCUUAACCUGAAUAAACUAAGCCUGAAUGCGAUUAAAACUAAAUGUAUGUUUAUGGCAUCCAGGAAAAAAUUAAGUACUAUUCCUGAAGAACCUAAUAUUGCUAUCUCCGGAAACAAAAUUGAAAGAGUUAGAUCUUAUAAGUGUUUAGGUUUAAAACUGGACUAG